AGGCUGAGUAAGUUAUCAACACACUCGGAAGCUCCCAAUAUCAUGGCUUUCACUUCGCACAUCACUCCUGAGGGACGGCCCAAUGGUCUUACGGCCAAUCAACGAUCACGUUUAUCGCGUCGUCCGAUAGGGCCUAGUGACAUAGCGAUCUAUAAAGACUACACUUAUUGGAUGAAGAUAGU